UUUGAAAACUUCUCUUGAAUCUCUCUCUCUGAAUUGGAAAAAGGAGAGGACGAUACAGAGCAACAGCUGGUGUGUCAGGCUGGAUUUUCAGGUUCCUGAAGCAACAAGAAAAAUGGCGGUUAACUGUUUUUGAAGAAAUCAAAGUCAAGAUAUUCAAAGAAAACACUGGAUUAAAAUACACUGUUUUGCAUUUACAAAUGGCAUCAUUUGUAGGGGAUUGUUUCCUCUUUUUGCUCCCAUCCCUGCUACUUUUGCUGCUGUCUCUAACUCUCCGCGUGCCCAGAGUGCAUUGUUGGACAGUGCUGGCAGUCAGGGCUUUAAGCUGGAGACUCUGGGUUAUUAUUUGCCUGAUCCUGGGGCUGCCACUACACAAGAACACCAGUGCAAGGGCUGAAGAGGUCAAAUCAGCAGGGACUGAUAUUUUGUCAGGGUCAGGUCAGAUCUCAGAUGAACCCAGAUUCAUAUGCAAACCCACCGCGCUGGCCAAAUAUCUGCUCCGGCACUGUGGCUCUCUGGCCAAGCCGAGACUGGCCGCCUGGCCGAGGGGAGACCCCCACCUCCAGACACUGUCCAGCCUGCUGUGGGGCCAACAUGGAGAGGCAUUGCAGUUCACUAGAGACAACCUGCUACUGAAGGACGGGGGAAUCAUAGCUGUGGACUGGGCUGUAGGGACAAAGAUGGGUGAGGCUGCCACAAGAAAGAAGUGGGAUGUGAGGAAGGAGCACCAGUCAGGGGUGAGGGCACCGGGCUGCUUCACCUCAGCACCCCCUGUCCUCCUCCUCAUCCCUCAAUACUGGGGAGGGAUGACCCCCCACUUAAAGGCGCUGUGCCAACAGGCUCUGUGUCGGGGCUUUUAUGUGGUGGUCUUUCACUCUCGGGGCACAGACGGGUGCCCGCUGACCACAGCACGAGUAACAGAGUUUGGAGACCCAGCUGAUCUUGAGCAGGCGGUGGCUUAUGUCCACAGCCGCCACCCGUCCUCUAUGCUUUUUGCAGUGAGUGAGGGGUCAGGCUCAGGGGUCCUUCUUUCCUAUUUGGGGGAGUGUGGAUCGAGCACGUACCUGACAGCAGCAGCAGCAAUCUCACCUGUGUUUCUGGGCCAGCUGUGGUUUGAAACGCCCAUGCCUCCUAUUUACCGCUGGGGGGCACUGUUUCACCGAAAACAGCAGCUCAGGAGAUAUGCAAGUUCCUUCAGAGGUGUCCGGGAUGUGGAUCGGGCCCUCAGCUCUUCUUCCCUCAGGGACUUUGAGGAAGCGCUUUUCUGCUCCUCAGCUCAGCCUCAAGUAAGCCCUUUAAAUUCUGGACUGAGCUCAAGAUCUCACUCCCAGUGGGGCCUGGCAUCUUCAGCAGCCUGGGCGCUGGAUGAGAGGGCUUACCCAGCCAAGGACUGGGAAAGCUACUGGGAGAGAAAUGAGCCACUGAGAGAUGCAGAUGAGGUGGCGGUCCCUGUGCUCUGUGUUUGCAGCAGUGAUGACCCUCUCCUCCUGCCUGCCUCCACUUUGCCCCUUUCCCUUUUUAUGAGCAAUCCGUAUUUCUUUCUGAUGUUGACAGACAGGGGAGGGCAUUGUGGAUUUGCUCUGGAGGAUGAGAGGACAGUAAACGAGGAGCAGGGGGGAGAAAUCUGGAGUCAUAGCUCAGUUCUGGAGUACUUUAGGGUCGUAGCUGAAUUCCUGCGUGGGGAUGAGAGGAACAGGGUGAGUUGGAGUGGUCUAAUGGAAGAAAACAGUCAGGCUAGGCUGAGGGGCUGGAGCAUGGCUCCUCUUCGUAGGAGAAAAGCCACAGAGAUGAGAAGACCAAGACCACAGGCUGCUGAUCAAUGCACCAUGGAUGCACAAGAAGGGAAUUUCAUCUGGAAGAGGUCCUACACACGCUGAAGGGAAGAAGAUGGAUAAUCCUCAGUUGUGGUAUUGAGAAGAUGAAAGAUAAGUCUUUCAAACACAAGACAACUUUUUUAACAAAGAAAAAAAAUGUAUAACUAACGACAUUAGUUGACUAAUGACUAUUGACAUUUUUUCAAAACACACUGGUCUUCAAUUAAAAGACAUUUAUGUUUCCUGUUACAU